AUGGAUGAUGUCAUGAAAAUUAUUAACUAUGACCACAGAGGUGAUGUAAGACUGGUGAAUAGUAGUAUUGCCUGCUCUGGUAGAGUUGAGGUCUUUCAUAAUGGCAGUUGGGGAACUGUGUGUGAUGACUCUUGGGACAUUAAUGAUGCUGCUGUGGUGUGCAGACAGGUGGGAUGUGGAGAAGCUCUUAGUGCAAACAGUGAGGCUUAUUUUGGUCAGGGAAUUGACCCAAUCUGGCUGGAUGAUGUAGAAUGUUCUGGAAGUGAAAGCAGCCUAAAACAGUGCAAACACACAGGUACCCAUAACUGUGGCCACCAUGAAGAUGCUGGUGUUACAUGUUCAGGGGGGUUAAGAUUGGUCAAUGGCUCUGAUUCUUGCUGUGGAAGAGUGGAGAUCCUUCACAAUGGCCAGUGGGGAACUGUGUGUGAUGACAACUGGGACUUAACAGAUGCUGAUGUUGUGUGCAAACAAUUAAACUGUGGCAGAGCCAUCAGUGCCCCUAAAAGAGAAGCCUUUGGUCAGGGAAGUGGAGUGAUCUGGCUGGAUGAUGUUGGAUGCUCUGGAAAUGAGAAUACCCUUACACAGUGCUCACAUAGAGGUCUGGGACAACAUAACUGUAAUCAUAGUAAAGACACUGGUCUUGUGUGUACAGGUGAUCUGCAGAUGCCCACCUUUUCCAUAAUCUCUCCACAUUCAGUUGUGUCUCCUGGAGAAAACAUUCAGUUCAGAUGCACAACACCUAAUCCAAGAUGUCAUGUAAAUGCUGAAUUCCACCUGUUCAGAAACAGAUCAUCCACAAUAUCCUCUCAAACAAGUGUAUCUAGUGUGACUUUCAGUCUGACUGUAGACGUCUCACAUCAGAAUCAGUACAGCUGUGAUUACUCUUACAGGAAUGACGAAAUCAAGUCUUCCAGGAGUAACACUAUUGAAAUCACUGUGGUGAACCUGCAGAAGCCCAAUAUUUCUCUCAGUGGAUUGUUUGACUUUGGUCCUCAUCAGGGUUCAGUGAUCACCAGAGGUCACAGCUUCAUUAUUACUUGUUCAUCUGAAUCUUCGUAUUCUGGAGGCUUCUUCUCUCUGUUCAGUGGAUCAAACAUCACAAGUCAUGAACCAGCUGUCAAUCACUCAGCCGUCUUCAUCUUUCCUGAGGCAGAUUAUUCACAUGAGGGAAACUACAGUUGUGUUUAUGAAGUGAAUGUGUCCUCACGUAACUUUCGUUCAGAUGCGUCUGACCUGCUGCUCAUCACUAUCAGAGCCUCUCUGCUUCCUGUCAUUGGUGCUGUUGUGUCAGCUGUACUUCUCAUCUUCUCCGCUUUUGUUAUCAUCUUCAUAGUGAAGAGAAGACAAAAACAGAACAAGGAGAUUCAUAAAAAGUGCUUCUUUAAGAAAGGCGAGGGUAAUACAUAUGAAGGUACAUCCCGUGACACCAAAAAUGAAGAGGAUGAUGAGGACGUCUAUCAAAAUGUGGAACUUGAUAAGAAAGACAAUGUGAGCAGUGAUGACUCUGAACAGGACUAUAUUAAUGUGGAUCCAGAUAUUUUAAAACAGGAUUGUAUGAAUGUAGACACAGAUGAUUCUGAAGAGGAUUAUGUUAAUGUUGAUAUAACAGAAAACAGAGCUAUGGUAGACAGUGAUGAUGACCUCUAUGAAAGUGUUAUGGAUAAUGAGUGAACCUGAAAUACAGUAGAUUUUUAGAGAUUGCAAUUUUUAUCAAAGAUGGAUUGGUACAGUACAAAUGUUGAUGAUGCCAUGAUAAAGUAGUUUGGUGCAUCCUGUUAAAUAUAUAAACUUUGUCCCAUUGAUGUUAUGGGGUCUCUUGAUGUCACUGUCUCUGCUUACACUUUCAAGCUUUGUUUCGUCUUUCUGUUUUCUUUAAUUGUUUUCAGAAUUAUAUAUAAAAACAUUAUU